AUGGAAAUCGAUAGGUUGAAUGAUCUUCCACAAGAAAUCACCAUCGACAUCCUCGCAAGACUCCCCGUUCAAACCAUCAUGAUUUCCAAGUGUGUUUGCAAGUCAUGGCGCGAUCUAGUGGAGUCCCCUUACUUUGUCUCGUUGCAUUCUCAUCAUGCGGCCUUGACCUCUGCCCGCCUCCCUGCCUUUGAAGACCUCAAAUUCUCAAGGGCUCACAGUCUCUUGGGGUUUAUUGGUGGCAAUGAAAUUAUACAAAAGCCACCAAAAGGUUCGGUUCUCUACACUCACACUUUUCCAGAGCCUAAUAAGCCAUUUAUACAUAGCUCGGUUAAUGGCUUGCUCUUCAUGAUCGACUUAGAAUCCAUGUCGCAACUAUUCAUAUGCAACCCAAUCACUCGAGAGUAUGUCACGAUCGAGAUGGGUCGUGAUUGUUAUUCAUAUGGAUAUGCAUUUGGGUUCGGAGUGAGCAAAAGUGGGCAGUACAAGCUUGUCAGGGUUUAUGCUAGUUGUAAUUUUCCCGUUACCUGUCAAGUAUACAAUCUAGGAAUAGGGCACUGGAAAAGCAUCACAAUUGAGAGCCAAAUGACAUUCUGGUAUCAAAGGGGACAUGUGCCUCUUUUGGUGAAUGGGAAUCUUCACUGGCUUCUACUUGGUCCUGACGAUGUUUUCUUAUACCCUCAUAGUAUUUAUUGUCUCGAUCUUGAAACCGAGCUAUUUGAAUAUUUUUCUUGUCCUCAUAAUAUUACUGUUCAAAAUCAUGGUGGUAGUAUGCAGUACUCGCUAUCUGCUUUGAGCGGACGCUUGUGCUUUAGCGACAAUGCCGAUGAUGAUGUGAUUGUGAUAUGGUGCAUGAAGAAAUAUGGAGAUGACAAAUCAUGGACUAAGGAUUAUGUUAUCAAUAGAAAAUCAUCUAUGCUCAGACUUCCUGAAUUUCUUCAUAACCAUACCAUGACUUAUAUUCGUUAUGAUUUAUAUAAUGAUUUUAUUUCGAAUAGGGAAAAUCUUGAUUUAGUUAUAGAAUACCAAAAUCGCUGUCAUGAAAUGCUUUAUCCCGUCAAAGCAUUCAAAGAUGGCGGGAUCUUACUCGCAUUGGGUACAUCUGCUCGACUAUUUUACUACUCGGAUGCGACUAAAGUUAUUCAAGAGAUCAAGAAAGAGAGGAACCAUGCUAGUUCCAACUUAGUUAUUCAUAGUCCGAGUUUUGUUUCGUUAAAAUCCUUGGUGAUGGAGAAUAUGAUGGUUAAGUUGCUUUAA